GUCCAUCUUCUUCAUUGAUUUGUUACUCAAAAUCAGCAUUUUCUCAUGGAAACCAGCCAACAUUUGUUGGAGUUGGAGAUGCCUGUUGGGUAUAGAUUUGUGCCCACUGAUGAAGAGCUGGUCAAGUAUUAUCUGGCUAACAAAGUACUCUACAAACCUCUCCCGGUUAAGAUCAUCCGAGAAAUUGAUGCCCACGACCUCUAUAGCAAACAUCCCAAAUGUUUAGUGGGAAAUGGUACUUUUAAUGAUAAUGAAAGGGAAUGGCUUUUCUUCAUAUACAAAGAUGAAUAUUUUCUUGGGAAAACAAGAUCAACUCGGAUGGUUGGAAAUGGGAUCGGUUUCUGGAGAUUCAUUGGAGAAGAAGAACCAAUUCACAAUUCAGAAGGAGAUAUAUUUGCUUUCAAAAUUUAUUUGACUUAUUUUUUCAGUUUUCUCUUCAAUUUAUGCCCUACUCAUUUUCCUGCUGAUAGUAAGCUUGGUGUUUUUCGUCUUAUACAUUGUCAUCUAACCUAUAUUCUCAGGAUGGAGUUUGAAACCCUUCCAUGA